UAUUCAUUUUAUAUUAUUUUGUUUAUUGUACAACUUUCCAGGAAUCCAGUGACUUGAAAAUACAAGGACUAUUUAAUGUGAGUCUUUUCUUUAGAUAACUUCAUCUAAGCAUUCUUCUUCCCUUGCUCUACAAUCAUGGAGCUUCACAACAACUUCUCUAACUUUACCAUACUGUCAUCGUUUAUCUUCCUCUUGGUACUAUUCAAAAUAGUUAAGAGAUGGACUACUUCUAAAAAUUCUAACCCCAAUUUACCACCAGGACCAUGGACACUUCCCUUUAUAGGGAACAUACAUCAAAUUAUUAGCAGCCCAUUGCCUCAUCAUUCCUUCAAAACUUUGGCACAAAAGUAUGGUCCUUUGAUGUACCUAAAACUUGGUGAGGUACCAUACAUAAUAGUUAGUUCACCAGAAAUGGCCAAAGAAAUUACAAAAACACAUGAUCUCAAUUUUUGUGAUAGGCCAAAUCUUAUGUUGUCCACUAUAUUUGGUUAUAAUAAUACUGAUAUUAUAUUCUCUAUAUAUGGAGAACACUGGAGGCAGCUACGAAAAAUAUGUGUUAUAGAGCUCUUGAGUGUAAAGCGUGUCCAGUCAUUUAGGUUCAUAAGAGAAGAGGAGGUGGCAGACCUUGUGAAAUCAAUAGCUUCAAGUGAAGGAUCAAUUGUUAAUCUUUCUUAUAAGAUUUCAGACAUGACGCACGGGAUAGUGACGAGAGCAGCUUUUGGAAAAAGGAAUAAACACGAACAAGUAUUCAAAUCAGCACUUGAUGAAAUAGUAAGUUUGAUGGGGGGAUUUUGUAUUGCUGAUCUGUAUCCAUCUGUUAAAUUGCUUCAAAGGAUGACUACGGCAAAGACAAAAUUUGAAAAACUUCAUAGAGAGAUUGACACAAUUAUGCAAGAUAUCGUGAACGAUCACAAAAGCAUUUACAGGGGAGUAAGCAAGGAUGAAGAUAUAGUUGAUGCUCUUCUCAAGAUUCAACAGGAAAAUGAACACACACAACAUCGCGUGACUGACGUCAAUAUGAAAUCUAUCAUCCUGGACAUGUUCGCUGCUGGUACUGAAACAUCCUCAAGUUUUACGGCAUGGUGUAUGUCUGAGAUAGUAAAGAAUCCAAAGGUAAUGGAAGAAGCACAAGCUGAAGUAAGAAGAGUGUUUGAUAAAAAAGGGUAUGUAGAUGAGACAAAGAUACAUGAACUAAUAUACUUAAAGUCUGUCAUCAAAGAAACACUAAGACUGCAUCCUAUUGUACCACUGUUACUUCCAAGAGAAAGUAGGGAGAGGUGCCAAAUCGAUGGGUAUGAGAUCCCAGCUAAGACAAGGGUUAUGAUCAAUGCUUGGGCUAUUGGAAGAGAUCACAAGUAUUGGGUUGAAGCCGAGAGUUUUAAACCUGAGAGGUUUCUUAAUAGCCCAAUUGAAUUCAAAGGCACGGACUUUGAAUUUAUACCAUUUGGUGCUGGAAGGAGAAUGUGUCCAGGACUUGCAUUUGCCUUACCUAAUGUUGAGCUACCUCUUGCUCAAUUACUUUACAACUUUAAUUGGAAGCUUCCCUAUGAUAUGAAGAAUGAAGAAUUGGAUAUGACUGAGGCAUUUGGAAUCACAUCCAGAAGAAAACAUGACUUAUGCUUGAUUCCUAGUAUUCGUCGUCUUUGAUAUGUAUUUCUUAAUCAAAUUCACAAAGUAUUUUAUUUCUCAUAAAUGAAUAUGAUGUUUGUAACAAAGCUUGUAAGUUAUUGAAGUGUGGUUCUGCAAUGUUGUAGGAGACAUUAGUCCAAGAAAAAUGUUUUCCAAGAUUGUCAAGGAUUAAAUCCGCCUAAAAUAAAUACAAAAUCAACCUUAAAAUUGAAGAAGAGGUCGUGGAUGGAAGCUGACGGUGGAGCCACAAACGGAGGGUGUGACAAUGUAUCUGAGUACGGGGGAGUUUGGUUUGUCAUAACUUGAGUUCGAUUUUUUUCAUUCGAGAGUAUUGGGUUUCAUUAUUUUAGUUCGUGGAUUCAUUCAUUAAUAGCUUAUGUUUUUCCCUUGUUAUGGAUCUGUUGAAUCUCACCAAUUAUAAAUGUGUAUCUUGUGCAUGCUUACUAUCACAAUCUUCAGUGCCUUAAAGCUAAAGAUAAAUAGGCGGGUUUGAGAAUCUUAAUGGUAAGCUAAGACAAGCAUGGAAAAAUCUCUUAGAGUGUGUUUGAGGAAUUUAAGAAACCCUUGGAGAUAUCUAAGGGGAAUUGGGAAACACUUCUAAAUACCUUGGGCUUGAGUGAUUCUUAUAUAGAGAGUUGAAAAGAUUGGGAAAUACUUGGAUAUAAAAUUGGGUAUGUUCUUGGGAACAUUGAUUACUAUUUUCUUAUAACUCAAUUGUAAUCUUUGUAAGAACUCUUAAUAAUAAAGUGAAUCGGAGAGCUACUCUCUCCCAACUAGAUCGUCUGUCUAGAAGCGAUAAACCAGUUAUUGUGUUUAUUGUCAUUACAAUUACUAUAAAUAAUAAA